AGCCCUCUAUGCGAGCCGCGAGCCAGCUGAGAGCUCCACAGCAGUCUGUGUAGCACAGCUAGGGUACACUGUCCAGGCGCACACUUGCUCGCGUAUUCUACUAUCGACACCGCAGCGCUAACCGGCCAGACCAAGGCAACUCGGCGCGCUGAACACGACCCUGUGAAAACAUGAUGCAAAGAGUAGCCCGAGCUGCCGCAACACGCGGGUGGGCGGCGGCCGCAACGAGGUCGGUAGGAGCCAGCAGCAGCAGCAGCAGGCGCGCGUUCUCGGACAACGUGACGUACUCUGGGGGCCAAGCGGGGGUGCAGGGGGGCUUCUACGGGGCAGGCGGGGCUCGCUCCCAGGCUUCUCCUCAGGCGCACCACCGGCCAGAGGCCAUCGCCGCCGUCGACGACAUCCGGCGCCUUCGAGAGGCCAUGCAGCACGUGAGCGAGAUGGAGAUCGAGCUCGGCCGCCUGGGAGACAAGGUGUCGGGCAGAUCCAUCGAGCUCAAGAGCGCUAUCAAGAAGAGGCUGUCGUCGCCCACCAUGCUUGAGUUGCUGACCCGGCUGGAGAUCAAGGAUCAGCCAGUUUGGGGGCUGACACAGGAGGAACGCGAGCUCGUCAAGGUUGCCCGCGAAAAAGUCAACAGCUGUUGAUGUGUUUUUACAAAAAGUCAACGGCUGUUGAUCUUUUUUCUGCACGGGAAGGGACGCGCCUGCUGUCGUUAAUGUUUUGUCUGCGGGUCAAGCAAGGUUUAUAUUGGAGCAACGCGCCGCGGUCAUCGUAAGCUGUCCUCACUGGUAGCAUACGCGUACCAGGAGUCCUUCGCCUGGCACGUUCAGGACAAGGGAGGGGGUCGAGUGAUGAACAACGUGGCAUGGUCUUGAUCGACGGGAGAUAUUCUAGGCAGUUGAGAUUGUUUGGACACGAGACUUUGUGUCGUAGCGCAAAGCACGUUUGUUUGCGUGUAUAAUGCCUAGUCUCUUCGAGAGACGGUGUGUGCGUGUUUCGCCGCCGUUGCGGUAGGUAGGUCUGUGGCUGCAACACUCACAAUCACCGCCCGGCCACUACAACCGUGGAAGAGGGAAACAGCGAGGGGCUGUUACGGAAAAAAGAACAGAUGGAGGAGAAAUAAACGUUUAGGCGGGGCGUUGGGUUUCUACGUAGCUGUCUGCGCCCGCCCCGAUAAAGGGCUGGGACACCCGCCUAUACGUGGCAAUCAAAUUGCAUGGGAUACAAUUUCCUAGGACGUGAUAAAUGUAUGUGUUCGCGCUCUCUUUGGAUUCGUUGGCAACUGAGGCAAAGAGUACCUACCGUAUAAGACGCAAGAUAACACACCCCCU